AUGAUAAGAAACUUAUUUAGACGCGUCACAAUAACUACCCAAAAAUAUAAACGAGCGUACACGACUGAAACAGAAAAUUUAAAAAAGACACCGUUAUACGACUUCCAUGUCAAAUAUGGCGGAAAAAUGGUGCCUUUUGCUGGCUACUCUAUGCCACUACAAUACUCCAAUCUCGGUCUCCUCGGCUCACACUUGCACACGCGUAAACACGCGUCUUUAUUCGAUGUGUCUCACAUGCUUCAAACUAGGCUAACAGGCAAAGAUAAAAUAAAGUUUUUGGAAAAAUUAGUUGUGGCUGAUCUUGAAAAACUUCUGAUAGGUAACUCGACUCUUUCUGUUUUUACAAAUGAGAACGGGGGUAUAAUUGAUGAUACUGUGAUAUGCAAGCAUGAUGACCAUCUCUAUAUCGUGUCGAAUGCUGCUUGUGCUGAUAAGGAUUUGGCACAUAUACAAAAGCAUUUAUCGGAAUUUCAAAAGACUGGAGGCGAGGCUGAAUUGAAGGUUAUCGAUGACCAUGCUUUAUUAGCAUUACAAGGUCCUAAGGCCGUACUAACUCUCGAGAAAUUGACCGGUCAAAAUUUAAAUGAUUUCAAAUUCAUGACGGGAAGGUUUAUGUCCAUUAAAGAAGUUGACUGUCAUGUGACACGUUCAGGAUAUACUGGAGAAGACGGUUUUGAAAUAUCUAUUCCCACAUCAGAAGCUACUCGUUUAGCUGAACUGAUUCUCGAUGAUCCUUUUGUUGAAUUGGCUGGAUUAGGACCUCGAGACAGUUUACGUCUUGAAGCUGGUCUAUGCUUGUAUGGGCAUGACCUUGAUGAGACAACCACCCCCAUUGAAGCCGGACUAAGUUGGACAAUUGGUAAACGAAGAAAAGAAGAGGGUGGAUUCUUGGGUGCUGAUAUUAUCCUUAAACAGCUUCAGCAUGGUACGAAGCGUCGUCGUGUCGGAAUGAUUGUUGAGGGGGCGCCUGCAAGAGAGAACGCGGAAAUAAAAACUCAAAAAGAUGAAAUAAUAGGAAAAGUUACAAGUGGAGUACCUUCACCCACACUAAAAGAAAAUGUUGCAAUGGGAUAUGUUGAAACUGGUUAUCAUAAGCUUGGUACCAUACUUUGGGUUAAAGUUCGAGCACGAAAUCAAAAAGCAUAUGUAACCAGAAUGCCGUUCGUGCCCACAAAAUAUUACAAAUAA